GUUUGAUAUGAUGAUUAGGGAAUAACCGCAGUGACACGUCGCAAACUCCCCACAAAGCAAGGAGACCUCUUUCCCGGGGGGCCAUCUCCAGAAUUGCUCAGGUAUGAAAGGACCUUUUCUUGCCUUGGCACUUCAGAAUUGCAGCAGAAACCUAAAAUAAAUGAGAGUGGAGAGAGAAAAACCAGACCUGGUGAUACUCUGAUAGAAGUGAGCACCCCUAAUUAACCUGAUUUUUUGCUGAUAAUCACUCCCAAUGGAAUCAAAUCACAAAUCCGGGGAUGGAUUGACCGGCACACAGAAAGAAGCCGCCCUCCGUGCGUUAAUUCAGCGAACAGGAUAUAAUUUGAUCCAGGAAAAUGGGCAGAGGAAAUAUGGGGGCCCACCACCGGGCUGGGAUGGCCCUCCACCAGAGAGGGGCUGUGAGAUCUUCAUUGGAAAACUGCCCCGAGACCUCUUUGAGGAUGAACUUAUCCCCCUCUGUGAAAAGAUUGGCAAAAUCUAUGAGAUGAGGAUGAUGAUGGACUUUAAUGGCAACAACAGGGGCUACGCCUUUGUGACCUUCUCCAAUAAACAGGAGGCCAAGAAUGCAAUAAAGACACUCAAUAAUUAUGAAAUCAGGAACGGGAGGCUCCUGGGGGUCUGUGCCAGCGUGGACAACUGCCGCCUGUUCGUGGGGGGCAUCCCCAAAACCAAGAAGAGGGAGGAAAUCCUAGCAGAGAUGAAGAAGGUCACGGACGGUGUCGUGGACGUCAUUGUCUACCCCAGUGCAGCUGAUAAAACCAAGAACAGGGGCUUUGCUUUCGUGGAGUAUGAGAACCACCGGGCAGCAGCCAUGGCCAGGAGGAAGCUGCUCCCAGGAAGGAUCCAGCUGUGGGGACACCCCAUUGCCGUGGACUGGGCAGAGCCAGAGGUGGAGGUGGAUGAGGACACCAUGUCCUCAGUGAAAAUCCUCUACGUGAGGAACCUCAUGCUCUCGACCACCGAGGAGACCAUAGAGAAGGAGUUCAGCAGCAUCAAACCAGGUGCAGUGGAGAGAGUAAAGAAAAUUAGAGACUACGCCUUUGUGCACUUUAAUAAAAGAGAACACGCAGUGGAGGCCAUGAAAGCCUUGAAUGGGAAGGUGCUGGACGGCUCCCCGAUCGAGGUGACGUUGGCCAAGCCGGUGGACAAGGACAGCUACGUGAGGUACACGCGCGGCACGGGCGGCAGGGCCCCGGUGCUGCAGGGGGACUACACCUACACCCUGGGCCACCUCUACGACCCCGCCGCCGCCUACCUGGGCACCCCGGUCUUCUACGCGCCCCAGGCCUACGCGGCCAUCCCCAACCUGCACUUCCCCGCCGCCAAGGGGCUCAGCAACAGGAGCAUCCUCCGGCCCCCCUCCGUCCGAGAAAUUUACAUGAAUGUACCUGUAGGGGCUGCGGGCGUCCGAGGCCUGGGAGGCCGCGGCUACCUGGCGUUCCCGAGCCUGGGGCGCGGAUACCACCUCAAGGGAGACAAGAGGGGAGAGGAAAAGCUCUACGACCUCCUGCCAGGGAUGGAGCUCACCCCCAUGAACCACGUCACGCUAAAGCCCCAGGGGAUCAAACUCGCUCCUCAGAUCUUAGAAGAAAUCUGCCAGAAAAACAACUGGGGACAGCCUGUGUACCAGCUCCACUCUGCCAUCGGCCAGGAUCAAAGACAGCUCUUCCUCUACAAAAUCACCAUCCCUGCCCUUGCCAGCCAGAACCCCACCAUACACCCCUUCACACCGCCCAAGCUCAGCGCCUACAUCGACGAGGCCAAGACCUACGCGGCAGAAUAUACCCUGCAGACCCUGGGCAUCCCUGUGGAGGGGGCAGAGGUGCCUCCUGCAGCACCAGCUUUUCCAGGAUACACCAUUGCCAACGCAGCUGCCGCUGUCACAGCCACUCAGCUCAAGCAAGCAGUGACAAUGGGACAAGAUUUGGCCACGUACGCGGCCUACGAGGCUUAUCCUGCCUUUGCUGUCGCCACACGGAGUGACGGCUACGGAGCCUUUUAACCAAAUUCCCUUAAACCCAGCACAGGCAGAGAGGAAAAGAAAAACUAUCUCAGCCUGGUAAUUCAACACCCUCACGAUUUGAAGCUAAUCUGUGGCCUAAGGUUCAUUUUUAGUCGGAGUUUCAGUCUUGUAGGUCUUUAGUUUUGUAACGGGAUGUUAAGGGCCCGGGUGGGGGGGGGAAGGAGAAAUUUUUAAAAAUCGUGCAAAAUCAGAUUUUCACGCUAGAAAGCAAAAGCUCAGCCCAGGAGAUGAGAGGUUCUCAGGUGUAUAUGUGUAUUUUAUACGUAUAUAUAUUUAUACACCUCCUGUGUGUGUGUUUACAAGCAACAACCUGUGCUGAAAACAGUUGGUCCUGUAGCUGUUGUGACCGGGACUGGGCAAGGAUGGGGUGGCCCAGCAAACCCCUUCAUGCACCAGGAAUUUUCCAGCAUCCUCCCCAAAGUUUCCCAGGCCAGGCAGAGCAGAGGUCCCCCUUGGCCACGUGGGUUUGCCUCUCCCUGUCUCUGAUCCCCCCCCACCCCUUGCCACCAGCACAGGGUGUCUCAAGGCUCUUUGAAAUUCUUCUUUGCCAAGGUGAAAAAUCAUUUCUCCUAAACGUUUUCACCCGGCCCAAGAGGCUAAUUUUUAACAGGUUCCCGUGUUAAUUUUAUUUUUAAAGCAAGGCACAAAGAAUUCAGCAGAGUUUUCCUCUUACUUUGCUCCGUCCCAACCAGAUCCAAAAAUCAGCAAAUACCAGUGUAUUUUUUGUGCGCUUCCCAUCGAAUGGCACAUUCACUGAAAAACAGGGAAACUUUUAAGCCUGAGGAGGAGAAAAGUGCUAUUCAUUAAGGCCAAUUCUCUACUUAAUUAGAGCAUGAGAGCUCACAGCCAUGGCCCAGUAAUAGCAGGCACCUCAACAGGAAUAAAAUUAUAUCCAAAGAACAUUUUCCCAGGUUGGAAAGAGCCCUGCCUAGCUUUACACAUUAAAUCAAGGCUUCUGCCUGCUCUGAUUCCAGCAAAAAUUAAUUUAGUGGAAGAGGGUUCACACCAGCAUUAAGGGCCCCUCUUAAUUUGGAGAGCACCAGGGUUGGUGUUGUGUUUGAACCCUUUGGGGAUGCUGGGAGCAUCCUUUGGUGUGCAGCAGGGACAUUAUCCAUUUAUUUUUGCCAUGGGAUUGAGGCAGGGGUAAUGAUGCUAUGGAGCUAUAGGAGGAAUCCAGUGCUGGAUAACCACAGCAGCACCUUAAUCCUAUAUCAUGAAUCCUACACAGUGAUGCACACUAAGAAAACUUGAAUUUAUUCAGUCUAGGACCAAAAAAACCCUUUUUGGGAGGAAGAAUUUACAGCUGGGUUG